GGCGGAUUGCUGGGCACAUCAUUUCGUAUCUGAGCAUUUCAUAACCCUCCUCUUUGUUCUACAGUUCUCUAGAAGGAGCCUGGCGAUCUCAAAGAGAGGAAACGUGUGUGUGCCUUGCAGCGAUGUCAGGGGAGGCAGGUCCAGUCCCAGAGCAGGUAUACGGUAACAGUUGCAGCAGUCAGGAAAACAAGUCUUCAAAUCUACGAGAGAAAAAGUGCUCAUGGGCUUCCUAUAUGACCAACUCUCCCACUCUGAUUGUAAUGAUUGGCCUUCCUGCAAGAGGCAAAACCUACGUGUCUAAGAAAUUAACUCGCUACCUCAACUGGAUUGGAGUGCCUACAAAAGUGUUUAAUUUAGGAGUGUAUCGUCGUGAAGCAGUAAAAUCAUACCAGUCCUAUGACUUCUUCAGACAUGAUAAUGAAGAAGCCAUGAGGAUUCGAAAACAAUGUGCCUUGGUGGCCCUUGAAGAUGUGAAAACUUAUCUUAUGGAGGAGUGUGGCCAGAUAGCUGUCUUUGAUGCAACCAACACAACUCGAGAGAGGCGGGAUAUGAUUUUAACUUUUGCAAAAGAAAAUUCCUUUAAGGUGUUUUUUGUGGAAUCUGUUUGUAAUGAUCCAGAAGUCAUUGCUGCCAAUAUACUGGAAGUGAAGGUCUCCAGUCCUGAUUACCCAGAGAGAAACCGAGAGAACGUGAUGGAUGAUUUCCUGAAGCGCAUCGAGUGCUAUAAGGUCACCUAUCAGCCCCUUGAUCCAGUUAAUUAUGACAAAGAUCUCUCUUUCAUCAAAGUGAUUAACGUGGGGCAACGUUUCCUUGUCAACCGUGUCCAGGAUUACAUUCAAAGUAAAAUUGUCUAUUACCUCAUGAAUAUUCAUGUUCAGCCACGCACCAUCUACCUUUGUAGACAUGGUGAGAGUGAAUGCAACCUUGUCAGCAAGAUUGGUGGGGAUUCAGGCCUGUCAACACGAGGGAAACAGUUUGCUCAAGCACUGAAGAAGUUUAUCAGAGAGCAGGAAAUUGUGGAUCUGAAGGUGUGGACUAGCCAGCUGAAGAGAACCAUCCAGACAGCAGAGGCUCUAGGUGUACCAUAUGAGCAGUGGAAAAUUCUUAAUGAGAUUGAUGCUGGAGUAUGUGAGGAAAUGACCUAUGGAGAAAUUCAAAGGAAGUACCCAGAGGAGUUUGCACUUCGGGAUCAAGAUAAAUAUCUUUAUCGCUAUCCUGGAGGAGAAUCUUACCAAGAUUUAGUUCAGCGUUUGGAACCUGUGAUUAUGGAGCUGGAACGUCAGGGUAACGUCCUAGUUAUUUCUCACCAGGCAGUUAUGAGAUGCUUGCUGGCCUAUUUCCUUGAUAAGAGCGCAGAUGAGCUACCGUAUCUGAGAUGUCCUCUGCAUACCAUUUUAAAACUAACUCCAGUUGCUUAUGGUUGUAAGUUGGAAAUGAUCUCCCUGAAUGUUGAAGCUGUGGACACACACCGAGACAAGCCAACCACUACAGCAAACAACCUUCCCAAGAGCCAAACCCCUGUAAGGAUGAGAAGGAACAGCUUUACACCACUAGCCAGCUCGGACACAGUAAGGCGUCCUCGCAAUUACAGUGUUGGGAGCAGGCCUCUCAACCCAGCAGGGUCUCUGCUGUUCCCAGAGGCUCAAGAUGCGGUCGAUGAACUGAAGCAGCAAGACGGUGUUCAGCUUCAAGAGGGACGUGCUUGCCUAGAACAGCUCACCUAGGAAUUUAGAAGUAUUCCAUUUGUGUUAUUGAAAAUCAUCAUGAAGGCCUCAGAAAAUAAAUCACCUUGGACUGGAACUCCUUACAUUUGAUGAAAGCCUGUAUGUUCAAUGAAGCUACUUCCUCAGGGGCUUUAAAACAUAGUGGGCAUGUUUUUUUGUGAUCUCUAAUAUCUCUUUUGAAAACAGGCGUAGUGAAAUUUUUCAUUGUUAUAAGCCAACUGCACUUACUGGAAGCUUUCUUUGCACCUUUCAUGCCCUUGUAAUGCACUUGCAGUAUGAUGAAGUCAUACUCUCUUGAAAAUUAAAGAAUGUUCACAGUAUAAAUUUAAAGCAGGUUUAAACCUAUUUCAAUGUCAUGGUCAUAGCCAGGGGUCAUUUAGUAGAAAAAGAGCUGGAGAAACUCAUUAGCAUAGCUCAUUAGCAUAUGCCACGCCCCUUGACAUCACCAGAAGUGUGUCAUUAGCAUAACUGAUUUGCAUAUGCCACACCCCCUGACAUCACCUAUCCUGGCUGUUUUGGACCCAAUCCUGGCCAUUCAGGGCUGAAAUUGGGCCUAAAAAUGGCAAAAAGGGACUGAAAAUGGCCAAAAGGGCCCAAAAUGGUCAGGGUCAGGCCGCUGCUGAGUGGGAGAGUGAUCCAGCACCCGUCAGAGGCCCGAUCUGGGCCAUUUCGGCCCCAAUCCAGGCUGAAACGGGCCCAAAAUGGUUGAGAGUCAGGUGGGCAGGGCCCUGGUCAAAUGAGCCCUGGUCAUAGCCAAGGAAUCCUAUGAGAGGUGUUUCUAUGAAAGUCAAGGUAUUGCUAUCAGAGAGCAAUCAGCAGCACUCCUGCAAAGCUACCUAUCCCUAGGUAAAUGCACGGGAUUGUAGCCUUAGUCUCUUUCAUAUGCUUAUAUGGCAACUGUGAAAUGUUUUUGCAGUUGUCUUACAAGGGUAUUCAGACAUGAAUACUAUAUUUUCGUUGUUAUUCUAGCAGAUAGUUUCUUGGUAUUGAUCUUCAUGAUGGAAUGUGAUGCUGUUUAAUUUUUUAGUGACCCAAAAAAUCGACAUAACUUCGAUAGAAUUGUAAAGUUUCCAGUAUCACUAGCAGAGGCGCUAGACUCUAGAAAUAAGCAACACUCUGGUUUGCUAACCUUUUUGAGACAUGUAUCUGACUCAUGUUGGAAGACUGAAUGUUAAGGAACAAGGGUCAUUAGUCUGAGGCUGUAAGACAGUUCCUGAGAGUAUAAUUUAUUUUAAUGUUCUUUACAAUGAGUUCUAAGUAAUUUGCCAAAUACGGGAUAACUAAAGUAUAUUGGAAUGGGGGUAUUUUAGAUAAGUGGAUGCUUUUUAAACAUUAUGUGCAAAGAGUGCUAGGGUUGCAGACUUCAAGAUAGCAGUGGCACUCAGUAACUAUGUUUGUUUUCUGCUGUUUGCAAAGUUGGCAGCAGCAGUAGAACAUUCUGUGUAUACAGAGAAAAACAAGAGCAAGUGUUCUGUUUCAAUACUGUACUCAGAAUGGUUUUUAGGGGUUUUCUUCUCAUUUAUUUGCCUGUGUUCUUAUCAUUAUAAUCACGGUUAAAUACUGGAACUGAAUUUCCUCAUGAUUUUCAGUUCCCUGCUGAAAUAAAUAUGCACCAUGUCCACAGUUUUGCCCUGUAUCGGGGCACAAUUGUUAGCUCUCUGAUGUUGAGCCAGAAACUGUCAUUUUUUGAAGGCUUAUCUUCUUAGUUCCUACUUUGAACUCUGAUCCCUAGAAUUUGCCUGUGUUGAGGUGCACGUAAUAUGAUGGUUGGGGCUCAGAUAUUGGUGGGGGUGAGGGGAAGAACUUCAACUCUAAGCUUUCCACAGGUUUUUCAUUUCUGAAUCCUGCACAAAAAUGACACAAAUUCCAUGUGGAUUUAAAUUAUUACACUUUGCUAAGGUUUAUUUGAUUACCUUGGUUUGUAUCCUGCAGAACUUUUCCAUUGAUAAAAGGGAUUUCUGUCAGUGGAAUAGACCUUCUUGCCUCCCCGCUUCUGCUGAAGUCCAAAAGGCCCCCCUGGAAAUAGUGCUUCUGGGCCUAGGGAAUGCCCAAAAACAUUGCUGAUCCGCUCUGAAAGGAAGGAAUCAGCAAAAAUUGUUCUCUCUUUCAUUUGUGGAAAUCCCCCAGGGCAUCUAACCCUUUGAUUUCUGCUGAUUGAACCCAUUAAAGGAAUUUUCUGGUGGUACUGGUGUUUGUAACUUGAAAAUUUAGAGGAAACACUUUUGGAGUGCCUUUAGCAUAGAAUGCCACUUAGCAUCCCAUGUGACAUUCCUGUUUGAUGGUACUGUAAAUGAAGAACUCUGCAUACAAAUAAAAAUUGUUUCCAUAGAAGUACAAUAGCUCCUUAAAGUAAAAAGUAAUUAGCAAUAUAAUAUAUUGCAUCUACGCACAAUAUGCUGCUGUAUCUUUGCACAAUUUUUUGAAUCAGUGUUUCUCUUGAUGAGUCCUUGGUUGAAUCAAAAGAUAAAUAAUAUUGUUUAUAUCUCAAGAUGUGUGAAUGUGACUGCCCACCUGUGAACAAUUUUAUCAUCCCAAUUCUGUAAUAUAGGUGUUUUCUCAGUGCUGGAUCUAGAAUCUGAUAUACUUAUAUAGCCUCAUUUGUCACCAAGAGCUGUUGAGAUAAGAUGCUUUUUGUUCAGGGAUGUCUGAAUGUAUCAAGUGUACAUCUAAGUCUAGUAUUAUCGUUAGUAAUGUGAUGUUGCCUUAAUUCAUAAUGCAAAACGUGUAUUUUAUAAGCACAGCCAUUAGUAGUCAAUGUUAAGUACAAUACUCUGCUGAUUAUGGUUCUUUACAAUGGUACUCAUGCUCAGUGCCUGGACAAUAAA